UGGCAGUGGACGGUUCGUUACGUGUGGACUGGAGCCCGUCCAGCUCCAUGUCUGAUGCCAGGCUCUUAGGGAGCACCAGGACCUGCAUGGUGCGCAGGCUGAUACUGGGUGCACCUUUGGGGGCUGUGGAUCUCAGCAAGGUGAAUGCUGAUGACAUCACUGAAAUGCUUCCAAAAUCAAGGAGAGCUCUAACCAUUCAAGAGAUUGCUGCUUUAGCGCGAUCCUCUCUGCACGGGAUUUCACAGGUUGUCAAGGACCAUGUGACCAAGCCUACCGCCAUGGCGCAGGGAAGAGUAGCCCACCUGAUAGAGUGGAAAGGUUGGUGCAAGCCUAUGGACACGCCGGCAGCCCUGGAGUCGGACUUUAACUCGUACUCUGAUCUCAGUGAGGGAGAGCAGGAGGCCCGCUUUGCUGCUGGUGUGGCGGAGCAGUUUGCCAUCGCCGAGGCAAAGCUGAGGGCCUGGUCCUCGGUGGACGGCGACGAGUCCAACGAUGACUCAUAUGAUGAAGACUUCCUCCCUGCCAGCGAGCCCGCCACGCAGAGCACAGAGCUGUCAGCUUACCCGCCGUACCUGAAGGAGCUGAUCCACAGCCAGCUGUGCCAGCAGCUGGGCCUGCGGAGGCCCUGCUCUGACAGCGCAGCAGAGAUCGGAGAGGGAGGGGGCAGCAGGGAGCCCUCCCCCACGGCCGGCUCUCCGGACACGCUGUGCUCCAGCCUCUGCAGCCUGGAUGAGCAGCACCCGCUGCUGCGAGACCUGGGGAGACAGCGCAGCAAAAACGCUAAGAACAACGCCGCUGAGCUCGCUGCCAAGAUCCUGUCUGCGCUGCAUGGAGGGGAGGAGCUGCUGGCCCGCCUCCAGAGGGCGGGGCAGGCGGGGGGGGGGCGGGGGAGCAGGUCCUAUGGAGGUCAGGACUCCCCUUGCUACUCCAUGUCUUAUUCUGAAACCUACCUGUCGCCCGGCGAGGAUGAUGACAGCCCCUGCAAGGACUACGAAGGCAGCCUGUGCCCUGAGGAGGCAGAAGGCCGGGGGGCGCAGUACCCCCCAGGCUAUGACCCCCGCAGGAGGGUGUCUGAUGUGGCCUCCUCAGGGGUCGUUUCGCUGGACGAAGAGGAGGAAGAGGAGGAAGAGGUGGAGAGAGCAGGAGCUCCCAAAAACCCAUGAGUGACCUAAGCAUGUGGGCGGGGCCAGCAGCUGCUCCCCUCUUCAUCAUGGUGGGAGGAGUUUGCCCCCCAGUGACCUUUGCCUUAUGGCGGCAUGUCCCGCCCUCCUCUCCAUGGUUCAGGUGUUCGCUGAGCGGACGGAGCAGCAGAAGGUCCAAACAUCUGACCUGCAUGAGCUGACCUGGACUGAAGCACGUUUCCUGACCCCCCCGGGUCCUGGCACCCCCCCUGCAUCCUUCUGGGCAUUGCUUGCAGAAUAUGCCAAACUAUUUAACCCUUUCAUUCACUGCGAGUCUAAACAAAGCAACAGUUGGUUCCCAUUGCUGUCAAUCUCCUGGGUUCCGUUCUUCAUGGUGGACUGUUUCCUCCCGUUUCCUCCCGUUUCCUCCUGUUUCCUGCCGUUUCCUCCCGUUUCCUCCCGUUUCCUCCUCUCGGCAGGAACCUGGAAGACAACGAAGAUUUGCCGUCAGCGUUUAGCAGCGAGCCACAGAAACAGACUGAAGAUUUUUCUAUAUUUUUGUAUGCAUCGUCUUGCUUUGAUCUUUGCCUAUGCGGCUGCCGGUGAAUGUGUUUUUUUGCACGACGCUAAUGUGGCUGUAGAUUCUCCUGUUCUUCGUUAUCACUGUGUGAUAUAGUGUACUGGGAAAAAACAAUCCAAAUGUGAACUGGUUUUUUAGAGGAAACUGUGAAACAAUCAUUUUCUGUCAUGCAGACCCCCCCCCCCCCCGGCGCCUGCAGAAAGGCGUGUUAAUGUGUCGCAUUCAGAGCCUCCAUCUCCAUGUUGAAGUUCUCUCUGAGACAAAAGGUGUUUCACAAACUCAGGAAAAGCUGUGGAUGAAUGCGCUGCAGAGCCGGUUCCAUGGAAUUCCAGAACCGGUUCCAUGGAAUUCCAGAGUCCGCUCCAUGGAAUUCCAGAGCAGGUUCCAUUGAAUUCCAGAGCCGGUUCCAUGGAAUUCCAGAGUCCGCUCCAUGGAAUUCCAGAGCAGGUUCCAUGGAAUUCCAGAGCCGGUUCCAUGGAAUUCCAGAGUCCGCUCCAUGGAAUUCCAGAACUGGUUCCAUUGAAUUCCAGAACCGGUUCCAUGGAAUUCCAGAGCCGGUUCCAUAGAAUUCCAAAGCCUGUUCCAUGGAAUUCCAGAACCGGUUCCAUGGAAUUCCAGAGCCGGUUCCAUAGAAUCAGCCGUGGUUUGGAGGCUGCUAGGAUUCCUCCUCCUUUAGCCAUUAGAGACACAGAGCGGUGGUUAGCUAGCCCGCUAGCAGCUGAAGGAUCAGACGCUCAGUUUUAGUUUGAAACAGAAACAAUUUUUGUUGACGUUUCAGUUCUACUGCAUAUUCUAACAUGGGCAGACUGGGAGAUGUAACUGGGAUAUGUAACUGGGAGAUGUAACUGGGAUAUGUAUCCCAUAAUAUUAACCCACGGGGCAAAGACUCAGCUUCAACAUCAGGAAUGAACUGGAACCAGAUUUCGACGUUAGGCGGCGUUAAAUCUACGCUUCACCUCGACUGAAACGUCUCAGUCUGCUUCAGAAUCUUUGCGUCAUUGCCAUGGUAACCUGCUCAUCAUGUGAACCCCCCCCCCCCCCUUCUCUUUGGACCAGAGCAGACUGGUUCCCUCAGCAUGUGUUUGUGUUUGACGUUUUUUGUGAAGUUGUGCAUCAGAUUGUUCGCCGUGAUGUCAUCCGGCGCUCCAAGCUGGAACCGUAAAUUCAUUCCAAAAUCCUCCGACGCAGAAAUUCCCUUUAAGCGUCUCUCAGGCCGGCGAGCCGCUGCCUUUCAUAGAGGCGCCUGGUGAGACUGCAACAUCUCAGGGGGAACCAUUGAAGCUGUGCCUUCAUACAUCACCUUUGACCUCUCCCACGCAUCAUCAUCAUCAUCAUCAUCAGACACAGCAAAGGGCAGCGGUUGGACAGGAAACCCUGAUGCUGCUCCUUCAUCAGGUUUGUUUGACACUGCAGGCCGUGUGAUGGCGGCGAGGUGAGGUCAUCGGAGCGUGGUGACGCCAGCGGGCCAUUGUUCAUCCCCGUUAGCGUCUCUAUCAGCUGUCCUUUACUCUGCACGUCUGUCAAACGUCUCCAUCUUUGUCCCUCCGGUCUGCAUCAUCACUCAGACGUCUGAGGAGCUCGGCGCUGUCGUCUGACACCGUUUGUCCUCUCUGGGGUGAAGCCGAUGAGCCGCUGAUACAGCCUGAUGAAUGCGUUCCCUCUCCCACCGCCUCUCCUCUCUGUCUCUGUCCUUUGUCUUCAUUCUGCCGCCUACAGUCUUUUUCUGUCCCUCAGUCUCUCCAUCCGUCCCCACGGGGGGCUUAUUACGUCAAUAUCAGGACAUUUAAGUGCUACCUUUGCCGAAAGGCAAUUAUCCUGCGAUUAGAGAAGCGACUGAACAUCAGGAGAAGCGAAUCUCUCUCCUCUUUUCUCCUUUUUCUCCUUCAGUCCAUCUGCUCUCUCCUCUCUCUCCUCAAACCCUCCUCUCCUCCAAAUGGCAGCUUUUAAGCUCCGCUGCCCCAGAAGCGCUGCUCUGUUUGAAAGCGAUGGGACGCCGGGUGUCCUCGCUCAGAGACGCCGGGUGUCCUCUCUCAGAGACGCCGGGUGUCCUCGCUCAGAGACGCCGGGUGUCCUCGCUCAGAGACGCCGGGUGUCCUCGCUCAGAGACGCCUCCCUCUCCACGCCGUGCUUCUCCUCGGUGGGAUCGUUAUCUGCUCCACAUUCUGUGGGUCUGAGGGAACAGCUUCUAUAAAAAGACAUCCAAACAUGUGUUGGUCAGCGUGGAGGCAGCAGAGAUGCUCACAUGGGGGCCCCUGAGGCCCUAUAACCUACUUAGCAUUUCUAAACAAAGCCUGGGGGCCGACCCCCCCCCCAUUGGCUGAUUGGGUCAGAAGCAGAAAACGGAGCAAAGGCCGAGUAGAACCUGUUUCUGACCCCAAUCAGUUCCAAUCUGAAGGAGGAAGGCCCUCAGAGCAGAACAGCAAGAGGGCCAAAGCCAUAACACCCC